UCGAAAUUCGGCAUGAAAUUCAAAUCUCCCAAUCCUUGUGUUUCGAAUACAAACAUUGAUCAGACGGUGUACUUCAGAGGAAUCUCCAACAGCCCCCACUGCCCCAGCCCGACCUUCGCUGGACCCAGCCUCAGCACCGGCUACGACAUCGGCCGCCGCUACUACCUCCCGCCCCACCCUACGCAGCACCAGGGCUACCACCACCAGCACCAGCAGCUACCCCUCGGCCACCAGCCCCACCCACACGACCCAGAACCCGGCCUUGGGGGCGGGACGCUCAACCCCGACAGACCCAUGUUGCUUCUUCAGUCCCAAGCCAGCUACGAUGCAGCAGGGGCUUUAGCUGGUAGCCACUACACUUCCGGUGCUUACUCGAACUCUCUGACGUCACAAUCCGCCAUGGCGGACAUCAACAUCCUGGCGGCGUCCUUCACCAUCCCCAUGCACGACUUUCAGUCGGACGUGGCGCCGUACGCGUCGGACGACUUGUCCCCCGACCACUUCUCCCCCGGGUACGACAACAGCCAGUCCAGCGGUCUCAGCUAUGACCACCAGCAACAGACGCACCCCACCCCCCAGGGGUACCUGGAGAACUACAACUUCGACAGCGGCUACCUCCACCCCCGAGAACAAUCCAAACACACCUCAUACGGCCCGGCCUCCGCCCCGUCGACCACUAACACUCUCACUCUCAACAACAACAACACGACAACCGCCAACAACAACAGUCCCACUAGCAACAACACCACCGGCUCAAACACCCACCCCAACAGCAACACUGCUCCAAACAUGUUCGUGGACAGCGGACCCUUGGAUAAGUACUCAGUCCCCCCUCCCCACAGCAUGGUCGAUGACGUAUACGGGUCGGGUUUCCAGACCCACGACAGCGAUUUCUACUCUCAGCACCGCUACAUGGAAUCCACCACCAAAUCCCACUUUCCCAUGGACGUGUCCAAAGUCUACCAGAAACACGCCUUCAACGACAGCAGCGCACAAGAUUUAGUGUUCCCCCAGUCAAGCCUAGCCUACACCGACCUCGAACAGAAACCAUCCCACCUCUACAGCCACAACGCUUACGACACGACCACCCCCGGGCCGUACUGCACCGAGGCCUCAAGCCUGUACCAGCCCUACCACCCGGCGUUCUACGGGGGACAGGGCGGACACUGCCCCCCGGGGAUGGCGUUCUCCUCCACGGGCGUGCCCCACGGUAACGCUUAUCGCAGCGACCUAUCCCUCUCCAUGUCUGCUCACCACGCCUCGCACAUGCAUCACUCGCACAGGCGGACAUCACUCACGAUACCCACUCCCCCCAACGCUGAUAGCCUUGACCUUCAAAAAUACCAGCUCCAAUCCCCGGGCACCCCUCCGACCCCCCACAACCGAUCCCCGCCCCUGCGAGACGGCAGCCAGCCCAUGAAGGAAAGCCUGCUGUGUGCCGUGUGUGGGGACAACGCCGCCUGCCAGCACUACGGUGUCCGGACCUGUGAAGGCUGCAAGGGAUUCUUCAAGAGGACGGUACAGAAGAACGCCAAGUACGUGUGUCUGGCCGACAAAAACUGUCCUGUAGACAAACGAAGAAGGAACCGCUGCCAGUUCUGUCGCUUCCAGAAGUGCUUAGCCGUCGGGAUGGUCAAAGAAGUUGUCAGAACAGAUGGACUGAAAGGAAGACGGGGCCGCCUCCCCUCCAAACCCAAGUCACCCCAGGAGUCCCCACCCUCCCCUCCCGUCAGCCUCAUCACGGCGCUUGUCAGAGCUCACGUAGACACGUGUCCAGAUAUCCCCAACCUGGACUACAGCCAGUUUCAAAUGUCCAAGCCUGAGGACCCGAACUGUGGACGUGAAGACAAUGUCCGAGCCUUCUACAACAUCUUGCUGCAGAGCAUGGACGUGCUGAGGGCAUGGGCUGAGAAGAUCCCCGGGUUCACCGACCUCCAGAAGGAGGACCAGGAACUUUUGUUCCAGUCCGCCUCUCUGGAACUCUUUGUUCUUAAAGCGGCUUACAGAGUCCAACCAAACGAUGAGAAGAUAAUUUUUGAGAACGGCCAAGUGUACCACCGUCUUCAGUGUAUGAAGACGUUUGGGGAAUGGAUCAAUUCUAUCGUGGAGUUCGGCCUGAGUCUACACCGUAUUGGGCUGGAUAUUUCUUCCCUGGCUUGUAUGAGUGCUCUGGCUAUGGUGACAUUACGACAUGGACUUCGAGAGCCAGAGAGAAUGGAAGAGCUACAGAUGAAGAUAAUUGACUGCCUACGUGACCACUGCACCUACAACAGCGAGGCCCAGAGAAAGCCCCAUUUUUUCUCUCGCAUCCUCAGCAAGAUAGCAGAGUUACGCACCCUGAGUCGAGAGGGCUUGCAAUGUAUGACGGAAGUCGCCAAGUUCGACGACUCCAUUUCCGCCCCAGCUGUGAUUCAAAACUAUAUUUCGAAUCAGUUGCCUUUUUAAAGAAACAAUCUACACGAUUCAUCUGGUUGUUGAUUUGCUUUAAAAUUACUGAAAUUAUAAUUGUGUAUAUUUGCUUUUUGUCAAAGUGAUUUGUUAACUUUGUUACUACGUUGUUUUAGUUAGUUUUUUUUAAAUCUUUGUAUUAUAUGUAAGAAGUAUUUUUUAUCCCUACACAAAAAAGAGUGGGGAAAAAAAUUGAAAUCUAUUUUUUACUAUUUAUAAAUUUAAACCGUGUUUAUUUUUUAAAUGUGUCAUAAAAGUAUUUUUAUAUUCAAUAUCUGAGCCCCGCUGUUUUUCAUCACCUGCCUUUUCCUUAUUGUUAACACAGAGCUUGAGUUAAUGAGCUUAUGUUUAGCUGUGUGUGAGGUUGCGUGUGAGUUGUUUACAAAAUCAGAGUUAAGCUUUGUCAUUGUGAGUUAAACGUUGCACCGAGAAAGUAUUUCAAGGUAAAAGCUUUAUUAAUAUUUUAUUUU